GGAAGUGCUACAUUUCAUCCGCAAUGGAGAUGCUGGCUUGUUGGCAAAACAUUUCAAGCUAGCUAUAGAUAUAUAUAUAUAUAAAUAAUAAUAAUAAUAGCUUACUGCAGGUAGCUAGUUUUGAUGAAAUGGUUAUAACAAAUAGCAACGUUGGAGAGUGUACGAUGUGGUCAACACGCUAUGAAUUACAACUUGCCUGCUGUAGGCAAUAAGACUCAUGCGAGACGAUUGUCCGCUAGGCUAACCCGGCUAGCCGACGGUGUUUACAUAUCUGCAAAGUAAGGAUCAGACUAGUUAGGUCGUUCUCUAGAUGUACAUGUUUGCAUAACAAAACCGCGUUCAAGAUAGAUCAAUAACUCGGAGCCUUUCCACGUCCUCUGAAAGUCACUAGAAAUGAUUUAGACGGACAUGUCUGUUUAGACCUCGGCACAGAAAGCUCUAGCUAGAAUUGCGACGUCCGGGAGUUAUAUUUGUCUAGCGAGCUAGAGCCUCAACACGAACCACAAGUUGUGUCUAAGCAAGCAAGCCGAAGAGCAACAACACCAUUUUUGUUAUCAAAUCUGUAACUAUGUCUAUGGACGACUUCACUUCGAUCAGCCUGCUUUCCCUGGCCAUGUUGGUGGGGUGUUAUGUGGCUGGAACCAUUCCUCUGGCUGUCAACUUCUCAGAGGAGAAGCUGAAGCUGGUGACGGUCCUGGGAGCAGGGCUGCUGUGUGGUACUGCCCUGGCUGUCAUCAUCCCCGAGGGGGUCCAUGCCCUGUACGAGGAGGUCCUGGAGGGUGUGCACCACGCCCCUGGCCAGGUGGAGGGGGUGGAGGUAUCCCAGCCCAAGGAAGGUGUGGAUGCAGCUCUGGGGGUCAGUGGGGAGCACAGCCACGAUCACCUCCAUGCCUACAUCGGGGUUUCUCUGGUCCUGGGGUUCGUCUUCAUGCUGCUGGUCGACCAGAUCGGAAGCGCCCACGUACACAGCAGUGCUGACGAUCCAGAGUCUGCGAGGGUUGCCAGCUCAAAGAUCACCACCACCUUGGGACUAGUGGUCCAUGCAGCGGCGGAUGGCGUGGCUCUCGGCGCAGCAGCUUCCACCUCUCAGACCAGUGUUCAGCUCAUUGUCUUUGUGGCCAUCAUGCUUCACAAGGCCCCAGCAGCCUUUGGCCUGGUCUCUUUCCUGAUGCAUGCUGGUCUAGAGAGGAACCGAAUCCGUAAACACCUGCUGGUCUUCGCCCUGGCAGCACCUGUCCUCGCCAUGGUUACCUUCGUAGGACUCAGCCAGUCCAGUAAAGAGGCACUGUCAGAUGUGAACGCCACGGGCGUGGCCAUGUUGUUCUCUGCCGGGACCUUCCUGUACGUUGCCACGGUACAUGUCCUUCCCGAGGUGGGCGGGACCGGACACAGCCACUCCCCCACACCGGGGAAGGAAACAGCGAAGGGACUGAGCAAGGUGGAGGUUGGGGCUCUGGUUCUGGGCUGUCUGAUACCACUGGUGCUGUCUGUCGGACACCAGCACUAGAGACACACACACAGAGGAGGAGAAGAGAGAACGGGUAGGAAGGAGGAGGGUCUAGAGGGAAAGCAGCCAAACAGAUCUCUCUCUUGUGUCUUAUGUAUCUGUUCUUUGACUGCUGAUUGGUUGGAGUGGGACAACGACUGGCGGCCGGAUCAAAACCAUUUAAAACCCACGCUGGAAGACACAGGGAUGACGAUGUCAUUAAUAACAACAAUUUUCCCACUUUUUCUACGAGAAGUUUUGUCUGUUGACAAGAGACUUGUACUUGUUUAAAUGUUUAAAAAAUAUAUAUAUAUAUAUGUUUUGAUUUUGAGCUCUAGGUAGACUGUACAGAUAAGCAAGAGAGUUUGGAUCAUGGUCGUGUCCUGUUUCAGACGAACUGCCGACUGACUCCUGAACUCGUAUUAACGGGAUAUUUGUUUGAAGACUUGGGCUGUAAUAAACUUAAAAACCUUAUAUUGUGACAUCUUGCAGUAAAAGUAAAGUUUUUUUUAAAUCAGUGAUUUAAAAAAAAAAACUUGCUGGUUUUCAGACACACUUUGAAUAACUUUACUCUUACUAUAAGAUGAAAUGUGAUAGUUAUUUAUGUUCUUGCUAGUGGGAAUCGGGUUAAGUAUUUAGAAGUUUUACAUGUAAGUAGUUAAAUUUCUAUGACUUUUGAUCUUACCUAAUGGUUACUUAUAUAUAUCUGCUCUACUAUGAGACGUCUGAGAGAAAUGUGUCUAUGAGACUGAUUUCCACAGACCCUAACCUUUUGUUAACUGAAAUGACUGUCUAGCUUCAGCCACAUAAAGGAGCGCUUGCCACACGA